UGAGUGUGCAACAAAGAGCAACAUUGGUCAGUUGGCAGGAAACACGCAGAGGCGGCGCAGUCAACGAAAGGCUCGCAUUGUUUUAUUUCAGAGGACUUUUUUUUUUUUUUCCCCCAUUCAUGUGGUAACUAUAUUAAGGUGGAGCGGGAGUGUGGAGACCAUGGCAGAGGCCGGCAUGGCGAACCACCCCCAAGUGUUUGUGGUGGACAGCCGAGCCACUUUCUACUCCCCGCCCCGCGGCGUGAGAAAAAACGGAUGGACGCCGGCCGGCCAUAAGGUUCUGCUGCUGGUGAUGGCACUGACCGUGUUGGGACUUGUUGUCGAGGGAUGUUUUGUCUACAAACUUUACAUGAAAACGGAGGUAUUUUCCAUUUGUGGAUCUGAUCCGCUCUGUCAAAACUUGUCCAACCCUAAAACAUUUGCCAAGCGGCUUGGUGCCUUCAGAGGCCACAUGACAUCUGGUGGUAUUAUAAGCUCCAAUGAGGUUGACCGAGCACAUCCUCUACUGGGACGAAAGCCAUUCGCCCACCUGAUGUGUAGCAGCAGUCCCAUCGGGGAGAAAAAUGUCGUACAGUGGGUUGACAAAGUCGGUGACGCCGUCACUUACCAGAUGAACUACAGCAAUGGCCGCCUGUCGGUGGAGAAAGAAGGGUAUUACUACCUCUACUCCAAAGUGCAACUAAAUGCAGCGGAGACGUGUUCUCUCAACCAGCACAAGAUGAUGAAAGACACCAUGGCCUAUGACCACUCCAUCGAACUUAUGAAAUCAAAACGGUCCCGCUGCUUCACCCCAAAACCUUCAAGUGGGAGGUCUUCAGGAGGGGAGGAUCUGUGGGACAGUUUCUUGGCAGGGAUCUUCCACCUGCAGUAUGGCGAUCGCAUUUUUGUCACGGUGGAUAACAUACACAAGUUGCGCCCUGGACAGAGUGAAAACUUCAUGGGAGCUUUUAUGGUAGCUCCUUAAAAAAAGACUUGAUUGUAAUCUCACAAAAACAGUAUCUGACAUUCAGACUAGAGCUGUGGUUUUCAACCUUUUUUGAGCCAAGACACAUGUCCACAGGCACACCACCAACAGAAAACAUAAAAAAAAAUGAAACUCGGUAGCUGAUAUUGACAACAAAAAGUUGUUGUCGCAAUUGUUGCAUAUGAUUUUAAACCGCAACAGACCAUGCCUCACUACAGCUCUCUAGAGUCAUGACCUGUCACAUCACGCAGUGACUUAUUUUGAUGUUUUUUUUUUUUUUGGUGUUUUCCUGUGUGUAGUGUUUUAGUUCUUGUCUUGAGUUACUAUUUUGGUGGCUUUUCCUUUUUCGUUUGUGUUUUCAAGACUAUUUAAGUUGUGCGGACACAAUCCUUCUUUGUGGGGACUUUGUUGAUUGUCAUGUCAUGUUCGGAUGUACUUUGUGAAGACUGUGUCUGCGCCACAUGCUGUAAGUCUUUGCUGUUGUCCAGCAUUCGGUUUUUGUUUACUUUGUAGCCAGUUCAGUUUUAGUUCCGUUCUGCACAGCCAUUCCUAAGCUUCAAUGUAUUUUCUUAAGGGUACUCAACUUUUGUUUAUUUUUGGUUUAAGCAUUAGACACCUUUUUACCUGCACGCUGCCUCCCGCCGUCGUCGGCAUAUUGUGAUCACGACGGAAGAGUAUUACACGGUUACGCUGCCCAGCUCUUGACAGUACAGACACUCAACAGCGGCACAUUAUUUGUGGAUUAUAAUUAUCAAUCAAUCAAGCAAUGUUUAUUUAUAGAGCCCCAAAUCACAAAUGUCUCAAAGGACUGCACAAAUCAUUACGACUACAACAUCCUCGGAAGAACCCACAAAAGGGCAAAGAAAACUCACACCCAGUGGGCAGGGAGAAUUCACAUCCAGUGGGACGCCCGUGACAAUGCUGACUAUGAGAAACCUUGGAGAGGACCUCAGAUGUGGGCAACCCCACCCCUCCCCCCCCCCCCCCCCUCUAGGGGACCGAAAGCAAUGGAUGUCGAGCGGGUCUAACAUGAUACUGUGAAAGUUCAAUCCAUAGUGGCUCCAACACAGCCGCGAGAGUUCAGUUCAAGCGGAUCCAAGACAGCAGCGAGAGUACCGUCCACAGGAAACCAUCUCAAGCGGAGGCGGAUCAGCAGCGUAGAGAUGUCCCCAACCGAUACAGGCGAGCGGUCCAUCCUGGGUCCCGACGAGCGGUCCAUCCUGGGUCUCGACUCUGGACAGCCAGUACUUCAUCCAUGGUCAUCGGACCGGACCCCCUCCACAAGGGAGGGGGGGACAUAGUAGAAAGAAAAGAAGCGGCAGAUCAACUGGUCUAAAAAGGAGGUCUAUUUAAAGGCUAGAGUAUACAGAUGAGUUUUAAGGUGAGACUUAAAUGCUUCUACUGAGGUAGCAUCUCGAACUGUUACCGGGAAGGCAUUCCAGAGUACUGGAGCCCGAACGGAAAACGCUCUAUAGCCCGCAGACUUUUUUUGGGCUCUAGGAAUCACUAAUAAGCCGGAGUCUUUUGAACGCAGAUUUCUUGCCGGGACAUAUGGUACAAUACAAUCGGCAAGAUAGGAUGGAGCUAGACCGUGUAGUAUUUUAUACGUAAGUAGUAAAACCUUAAAGUCACAUCUUAAGUGCACAGGAAGCCAGUGCAGGUGAGCCAGUACAGGCGUAAUGUGAUCAAACUUUCUUGUUCUUGUCAAAAGUCUAGCAGCCGCAUUUUGUACCAACUGUAAUCUUUUAAUGCUAGACAUGUUUGUAAAAAUGUUAUGUAACCCAAUUAGGUUAAAUUACAAAAUCUCCCACUGCACACCAGACUGUAUCUCCCGGCACACUAGUGGGUGAAAAUCAGCGGACAGUACUGGUACUGCACAUGAAAAAAAAAAGAAAAUAAUAAUAAUAUAUUUAUAUAUUUUUUAAAUUAUUCAAUCAACAUAAAAACACAAUAUAUACAUUAUAUACCAAUAUAUAUCAAUACAGUCUGCAGGGAUACAGGCCGUAAGCACACAUGAUUGUAUUUCUUUAUGGAACCCCACCCCACCCAUCGGUCCGUGGCACAAAUUUUCAAUCCGCAGCUACAAAAAGGUUGCGGACCACUGGACUAGAGUAUAUGUUGCGUGAAUAAAAUAAUUACUUUAGCCAGAAUUGUAUUUGCUUGUGUCACUCCAACGGGACUUUGAACAACUUCAGAUUGUUUGCAUGAUUAAGAUGCACUAAAACGUACCGCAGGCCAAGACCACAACACACAUAACACUUUUAUUGAUGUGAGUAGUAACAGAAGCGCCUGCAAAGUGAGAAGAGGAGCAGGAUGUGGUGGUGAAAAGGUGCAGAGAACUGCUUUCUCUGACUCAGCUUGUUUUGCAAUGCGUAAAUGACAUUUGCAAAAACAUGACUUCGAUGUUAUUCGAGGAUAACAUGUGAUUUACAAAACUACAGUAGCACCUCAACUUAAGAAGCUCGAUUGGUUAUCUUAACUCAAAACACUUGUAUCUUAAAUCAACGUCUCCCUAUUUAAUUCAUUUAAUUGGUGCCUUACCCCCCCCCUAAUUCCCCCACCCAACAAAAAAUAGCAACAUUUUACAUGUAACAUGCUUUUUAAAAAGAACAUUUAGUAUAAAAACAAUGUAAUAGAAUGUACUGUAUUCAAACAAGUACAGUAGUUUUAUGAAGUAAUGUAAUAAUAAUGUACAACUUUUACUUUGAAGAGUGGAUUUAUAUGGUAUCUCCUUGCAGUUUUUUUCGCCGUCAAACACACCAUCAGCAGCUUUUCCCUAUUUUAAUGAAUACAUUGCCCCCAUUUAGAGCUUAUUUUAACAUUCUUGACUACUUCUAGCCUUGAAACGCUUAAGUUGACAACACGCUCGGUCAUGUUUUUUGAUGAUUUGUGUCUUUAAUUCCAUGAAUAUCAUUGACGUAAUCUCAGCACUGUCCUUCACACUGACGUUCUUCCGUCCCAUGCUUGGAUAAAACAAAUAUAGGUCGAUUCACAGUUAUAAGCUAAUGCUAAUAAUUUUUUUUUAUUUAAACUUUUUUGUCAUGUUUUAAAUGUUUUAUUUAGUUUUUUGGGUUGUUUUGAUCGGACUGCUUUUUUUAAAUAUAUAUUUUCUAAACCUCCUAGAUGUUUUUAUUAACCAAUUUUUUGGGGGUCGAUCUUUGGAAUUUUAUUCAACCAAACUUGUACAGCAUGAGCCGUUGUUCAAAGGUGCUUUAUAAAUAAACCUUGACCUUGACCUUGGCCUAAAAAGUAUACAAAGUAUACUCAGUAUACUGACAUGUAUACUGUAUAUAUGUACAUAAUUUAUCAAUUUUUAAUGUAUUUUUUAUAUACAUGUUACAGGUUAUAUAUCUUUUAUUACUGAAUGUAUCAAAAGUGAUGACUAUUUAAUGGACCACAAUGUGCCAUCCAUUUGCCUUUUUAGAACAAUAUAUGGAUUCAAUUCUUUAAGAUGUCAAUAAACUUCUCAAUCAAUCAA